AUGUCGUCAUCGUCGGAUGCCAGUAGUAUUGCUGCUUUGAAUAAUGCUUCGAUGCAACUAAAUCGUUACUUCGGAAUAUUCAUUCUUCUAUUUGGCAUUUUUGGAAACACAAUGAAUGUAUGUGUUUUAUCACAACGAGCUCUUCGAUGUAAUCCUUGUGCAUGGCUCUUUCUUGCGUCAUCGAUUGCCAAUGGUAUUGGACUUGCUGCUGGUCUUACUUCUCGGCCAUUAUCAACAUGGUCUGCUGAUCUUACCAAUGUAAAUCAAUUUCUUUGCAAACUUCGAGCUGGUCUUCUAUUCAGUGGAAUAUCAGUUGGUUCAUGGCUUGUCAUGUUGGCUACCGCUGAUCGAUGGCUUGCAUCGAGCACUGAUGGUAAUCUACGAAAAAAAAGCACAUUAAAGAAUGCUCAAACCAGUGCAAUUAUAGUUAGCAUCUGUGUAACUUUAGCAGAAGCUCAAAAUUUAUAUUGUUUUGAAGCCAAUCUCACCAAUACUCCACUCAAAUGUUACACAAAGACAGUUUGGUGCAGCAUUUUAAAUGAUCUGUCUCUUUCUCUGAUUACAAUUCUUUGUCCAUUGAUGUUAAUGAUUAUUUUUAGUACGAUGACCAUCCUCAAUAUACGCAAAUCACGAUCUCGUUUGCACCCAGCGCAGAACACUGCAGAUAAUUCUAUCGGUCAGAGUACAAUGAUAGGUAACAAUACAACUGUAGCUGAACAGAAAAAAACGGAUCGCCGCCUUUCGAUCAUGCUGCUUGUUCAAAUUUUUCUCAUUUGUCUAUUUACUUUGCCACUUGCCGCAUUGAAACUCUAUACAACCAUGACACGAUCCUUGGCCAAGUCUGCAUUACGAAUAACUAUUGAAAACUUUGCUUUUAAUGUGGUUCUUCUUGUGUUUUAUUUAUAUUGUGGAAUGCCAUUCUAUAUUUAUGUAUUGAGCGGAGGGCGACUAUUUCGUAAAGCUAUAUAUAGUUUUGUAAAUUCACUACGCCAAAAGAUUAUGUGUCAACGUGUCUGA